AUGGCUGCCACCAUUGCUUCAGUCGGCUCAAGCUACGAUCGACAAUCGGAGCUCAAAGCUUUCGACCAAACAAAAAUCAGCGUCAAAGGCCUCGUCGAUGCUGGAAUCCGGAAAAUCCCUCCCAUCUUCUUCCACCUACGGGACACCACUCCCAAAAUAUCCACCGCUGCUAUCAAGAUUCCAAGCAUAGACCUUCAAUCGACCCAUAGAGCAUCGAUAGUGGAGAUAAUCCGUGAAGCCUCCGCGAACCUAGGUAUUUUUCAGGUGGUGAAUCAUGGGAUUCCUGUGAGUGUUAUGGAUGAGGCGGUUCAAGGAGUUCGUGGAUUUCACGAACAAGAUGUCGAUGUGAAGAAAGGGUUUUACACGAGGGAUAUUUCGAGUACAUUAGUGUAUAACAACAAUUACGAUCUGUAUAGUUCCCCCGCCUUGAACUUGAGAGACACCUUCUUUUCAUUUAUGGCUCUGUCACCUCCGCCGCCUGAGGAAUUAACGGAGGUUUGCAGAGACAUUCAAAUCGAGUACUCAAAUCAAGUCAUGAAAUUCGGAGGCGUACUUUUCAGAUUAUUCUCAGAGGCAUUGGGGUUAAACGUGAAUCACCGGAGUUUUAGCUUAAGUGAUGUACAAUUCGUUAACUUGUGCUAUUUCAUGCAACUUGAUAUGCUACAAGAAGAGAAUGACAAUGUCCUUGAGAAGCUCAGGUUUGCUGAAGAAAGUUGUCAAGAUGCAGAGAUGAGGGUUAAGGAGCUGAAGAAGAUGGUGGCUGCUCUUGGUGAAGGAAUAUCUUUGGAAGCGAAAUUGUUAAGAAGGAAGGAAGCUGCAUUGAGCCAAAUAGAGGAUGCACUGAAAGAGGCCAAAAAGCUAAAGAUGGAGUAA